UGCAUUUUUGCUACGUUACGUAGUUUUUACACGGGUCGUUUUAAUUAAGACACGGCCAGUUGAUUGUUUUUCGAUUAAACUCCUUAAGUGUUUUUUUGUUUUUGUUUUAAAAGUUUCGAUUUUACAUAAGUUCUCGUCACGAAAUAAAUUAUUAUAAUGAAAAUAGGUUUUGUGAUAGCUCUGUUUUUUGUCGAAAACGUAACAGCGAAAUUCGUGAUGCAUUUAUCGAACAUUCCGUCGGAUCCAUUCUUGAAAUACAAUUACAACAGAUAUCUCUGGCCGAAUUUACAGCAUCAAACAGGUUAUCCACAAACAAAUUUAGAUGUAAAUAAGCAACGUUUGCGUGAUCUAUUAAAAAAGACGAUUCUAAACGAGAUCUACAAUAAAUUAUACAAAGAAGUACGCAGAGUACCAUUUUAUGUUAUAGAUAAAGAUUACAUUAAAUUAGACAAUACUGAUAUUCCGUUAUAUUAUGUCACAGAUCACAUUGAUAUAACUGAUAUCGAUUUUCCGAAUAAAUACGAUCGAUUUGGUGACGAAUACAUCGAUCUAUCGGAUCUGGCUAGAGGUCGCCCUAGAAACGGCUUGAAUGAUGAGAUUAAAAAGGAUUAUUCCAGAAGAAACCAACGCAAUAACGAUGAGAAUAGUGAUGAGAACGAUGACAAUAGUGAUGAGACCGAUGACAAUAGUGAUGAGAACGAUGACAAUAGUGAUGUAAACGAUGACAGUGACAGUGAUGAGGAGACUAGUGAAGAAUCGAGUAGCAGUGAGGUUUCAUCCGAAGAAGAUUCCGAUUCCAAAGACAGUGGUAAAGUUGAUAGCAAACAUAUGUACACUCAGGGAAGGACCCGCUAUCUCAAUUCUGACGCAGAAUCAAGAAAGAGAUUGGAAUAUUUCUUGCCGAAAAGCUACAAGUGGAGUUCAGAAGAAUAUGACAGAUUAGGCUAUUUUUGGUUUAAUGGACCAAGAGGCAAGGAUCCGGUUCCCAAACGAUGAGACAUAAAUAAAUUUAUA